AACUUUGUCUAUAGGUUCCCCUAUAGAUUCUCCUGACCUCGUAGUGGACACAAUCCUCAUCAACAAUAUUGGUGGGGCAACGGAAACUGGGGAGAGAAUCCUCAAAAUUCAUCAGUCAAAAAGCUUAGCAGAUCAAGUCUACAGUCCAGUCAGAAGAGAAGUUUCUAGUAGAUCAUCGUUUCUGAUGAAGUCUCUUGACAAAGAUGAUGAGACUGAUUUGGAAAAAGGAAAAUUUCUGGAGAAAGACCGAGAAAAGACAACAAGAAGCCAUAGAGCAAUUGCAGCUCACAACAAGGCAUUACUUUCUGGUCUUGCAUAUUGUAUCUCUUCAUGUUGCAUGAUACUGGUUAACAAGUAUGUCCUCUCCGGUUAUGGCUUUAAUGCUGGGAUUUCUUUGAUGCUAUACCAGAAUUUUGUUUCAGUGGUGGUUGUUUCUGUUUUGAGUUUCUUUGGUGUAAUAUCUACCGAACCACUCACAUGGAGACUGAUUAAGGUCUGGUUGCCUGUCAAUGUUAUAUUUGUUGGGAUGCUUAUUACAAGUAUGUUUAGUUUGAAGUACAUUAAUGUUGCAAUGGUCACAGUCCUGAAGAAUGUAACAAACGUGAUAACUGCUAUUGGUGAAAUGUAUCUUUUUAAUAAGCACCAUGACAACAGAGUUUGGGCUGCUCUUUUCCUAAUGAUUAUUUCAGCAAUCUCUGGGGGGAUUACAGAUCUCUCCUUUCAUGCUGUUGGUUACACAUGGCAGAUCAUCAAUUGUUUCCUGACAGCAUCGUACUCUUUAACGUUGCGUAGGGUCAUGGACACAGCUAAGCAAGUCACCAAAUCAGGAGACUUGAACGAGUUCUCUAUGGUCCUGCUAAACAACACCCUUUCAAUACCUUUAGGGGUUUUGCUUAUAUUAAUAUUUAAUGAGGUGGAUUAUCUAUCUAAAACGCCACUUCUAAGAUUGCCCAUCUUUUGGUUGAUAAUGACGUUAAGUGGACUUUUGGGGUUAGCAAUCAGUUUUACUUCCAUGUGGUUUCUCCAUCAAACAGGGGCUACAACCUACAGCCUGGUGGGUUCACUCAAUAAAAUUCCCCUGUCUGUUGCUGGCAUUCUUCUUUUCCAUGUUCCAACCAGUCUAGAGAAUUCUGCGAGCAUAUUUUUUGGCUUGCUUGCGGGAGUGUUUUUCGCGAGAGCUAAGAUGCGGGAGAGGUCUUAGUCCUGAAACCUUUAAAAGCACUUCCUUUUGGAAACCUGUCCCACCCAGGAGAAAUUUCGCUUCCAUUUCUAAGUUCCUGCCUAUCAACUCAGAUGGUCGCAAAAACAGUUUAUUCUGAAGAGAAAUUCGAGUCUCUCUGUUCGAUGAGUAUCUUUUCGUUUUUGUAUAAUUUGGUACAUCAUAAGAAAUGCACGGCUGCUGAUUAUUUAGCUUCCCGUGUUUGUUGUUGUAGGAAAUGUCUAUUUUUGCUAGUGUUAUUAGAAACACCUAGCCCAGAAAUCAGAGAGAUUGAUGAUAAACCACAAGUUUAAGUACUAAUGGUAUCUCUUUCGCACUGUGUUUGCUCUUUUUUUCUC